UUUGAAAAUAAAAUCAUCUAGUCAAGAGGAAACAUGCAGAGCACUUCCAAUUACCUAUGGCUCUUAUCUGACAUUUUAGGACAAGGAGCCACUGCAAAUGUUUUUCGUGGACGACAUAAGAAAACUGGGGAUUUAUAUGCUGUCAAAGUAUUCAACAACAUAAGCUUCCUUCGUCCGGUGGAUGUUCAGAUGAGAGAAUUUGAAGUAUUAAAGAAACUGAAUCACAAGAACAUUGUCAAAUUGUUUGCUAUUGAAGAAGAGACAACCAGUAGACACAAAGUACUUGUUAUGGAAUUUUGUCCAUGUGGAAGCUUAUACACUGUUUUAGAAGAACCAUCUAAUGCCUAUGGGUUGCCAGAAUCUGAGUUCUUAAUUGUGCUAAGAGAUGUGGUGGCUGGGAUGAAUCAUCUGCGAGAAAAUGGAAUAGUGCACCGUGACAUCAAACCAGGCAAUAUAAUGCGUGUUAUAGGUGAAGAUGGUCAGUCUGUUUACAAACUGACCGAUUUUGGAGCUGCUAGAGAGUUGGAAGAUGAUGAACAAUUUGUUUCUCUCUAUGGUACAGAAGAAUAUUUGCAUCCUGAUAUGUAUGAGCGAGCAGUGUUGAGAAAGGAGCAUCAGAAGAAGUAUGGAGCAACAGUUGAUCUGUGGAGCAUAGGGGUGACAUUUUACCAUGCAGCUACAGGAAGUUUACCAUUCCGACCUUUUGAAGGGCCUCGCAGGAAUAAGGAAGUUAUGUAUAAAAUAAUCACUGGAAAGCCUUCUGGUGCUAUAUCUGGAGUACAGAAAGCAGAAAAUGGACCAAUUGAGUGGAGUCGAGAUAUGCCUAUUUCAUGUAGUCUUUCUAAAGGCCUGCAAGUACUGCUCACUCCUGUUCUUGCAAACAUUCUUGAAGCAGAUCAGGAGAAAUGCUGGGGAUUUGACCAGUUUUUUGCAGAGACCAGUGACAUACUUCACCGAAAAAUAAUUCAUGUCUUUUCACUACAGCAAAUGACCUCACAUAAAGUUUAUAUUCAGAGCUAUAAUACAGCUGCCAUAUUUCAUGAAUUAGUCUACAAACAGACAAAAAUAACUUCUCAGAACCAAGAAUUGAUAUAUGAAGGUCGCCAUUUAGUACUAGAGCCUGGAAGACUGGUACAACAUUUUCCCAAAACCACUGAAGAAAAUCCUAUAAUUAUAGUAAGCAGAGAGGCUAUGAACAUCAUAGGAUUAAUCUACGAAGAAAUUUCACUUCCUAAAGUACAUCAGCGGUAUGACUUGGAUAAUGAUGCCAGUAUCGCUAAAUCAGUAACAGGUGUUGUAUGUCAUGCCUGUAGAGUUGCCAGUGCUUUGCUGCUUUACCAGGAAUUGAUGCGAAAAGGAAUACGAUGGUUAAUUGAAAUAAUCAAGCAGGACUACAAAGAAACGGUGCACAAAAAAACAGAGGUUGUCAUCAAGCUGGAUUUCUGCAAAAGGAACAUUGAGUUAGCUGGGAAAAUAUACGAGAAUCUGAUGCAGAUCAACAUGGAAACAGAAAUGGAGGAAAUUUCAGAGAUACACACUAAAUUAUUGCGUCUUUCUAGCUCUCGGGGAACAAUAGAGACCAGUCUUCAGGACAUGGAAGAUAAACUGUCUCCUGGUGGGUUACUGAGUGAUACCUGGGCAAAUCAAGAAGGCACACAUCCCAGAGACAGAAACCCAGAAAAACUACAAGUAUUGCUGAGUUCUAUCACAGAUAUUUAUUAUCAGUUCAAGAAAGACAAAGCAGAACGUAGACUUCCUUAUAAUGAGGAACAAAUCCACAAGUUUGACAAGCAGAAGCUGAAUUUACAUGCCACAAAAGCCAUAUCUCUGUUCAAAGAUGAAUGUCUCGGCAAGUAUGAGACAUUUUUGUACAAGGCAGAGGACUGGAUGAGAAAGAUGCUACAUUUAAGGAAACAGUUGCUGACGGUCACCAGCCAGUGUUUUGAUAUUGAAGAAGAGGUAUCCAAAUAUCAGGACUAUAUAAAUGAGUUACAAGAAACCCUGCAACAGAAAACAUUUGCAGCUUCCACUGGGAUCAAACAUACAGUGAAUCCAGUCUAUCCAAGUUCAAACACUUUAGUGGAAAUGACUCUUGGCAUGAAGAAACUGAAGGAGGAAAUGGAAGGUGUUGUUAAAGAACUAGCUGAGAAUAACCACAUUUUAGAAAGAUUUGGUGCUCUGACUGUGGAUGGUGGCCUACGGAAUGUAGACUGUAUCUAGUCAACAAAGGAGCCUGAAAGGACUGUUUGUGUUUCACAGAAAAAAAUGCUGCAAGGGGCAUUUAAAUGCAGAAAUGUUAUUCUAUACCCAUUUUUUCUGCAACUCUAGUAUUUAACAAAAGUAUGUAAAUAUGUAUAUACUGUAAAUAUAACAGUUAUACCAGUCUCUUUUGUUAAUGUUAAAAUAGAAUUAUUCUUAAGUUUUCUAAGUUGAUUAUACAUUUUAUCCCUUUAAGGAACUCUGGCAAAGGAGUAUGGCAAGCAUAUUGCUAAAUUGACAUUCAUUUCCCUCGAAUGUCAGUUUUUAGGUCAUGAUUUACUUUUGUUUCUUGAAAGUGAACUUGUAUCUUAAACUAGCCUGCAUUCAGAAAAGUUAUGAAGUGUUUAAAGCAGUGUUCCCCAAACUCAUCAACGUGUGGAGGAAUGUUUGGGAAGGUGCACAUCAGGGCCCAGGUCAGUUCCCCAGGGGUAUGAGGUAGGGGCACCACUCAGCUAUGCAGUAAUUUAGAGGCGGGGGGGGGGAGGGGAGGGAAACAGACAGAUUCCAUUACUGGUUAUGGGGAGAGAGUCAGGACAGGAAAAGUCUGAGCACCACUGCUUUAAAGGGCAUUUGGGCUCUCACCAGAGUAUUAUUUCAAACCUAGUUAGUAAUGCAUCAUCCACUACAGUACUUGAAUGAAGAACAUUUUAUCUUGUGUCUUCUUCUGUAAUUCAAUGUGAACAGCAUGAACUAAGGACAGAAAGAGGAGAUGCGUUUCUUCCCCUUUGUCUACCAAAUUAAUAGUUAACCGUGUGAAUUUAUUUUCUCACACACAAGUGUUUAGUCUUGUUCAUGUUGAACACCAUGUUCUCUACAAUAAUCAUAUGGCUACGUAUAUACAUUCAGCUCACAUGUGUGUAAGAGUUCAGACUUCCAGUGUAUUAAAUCAUAGAUCUAAGUUCAACAUUUUAAAUAAAGGAAAAUCUGAAUCCUUUAUUCAGUAAAUCAGUAAAGCCUGCUGUCCUCAGAACAGAUCUUGAAAUUUCCUUCUUACCAUGACCUAAAUGCAAGCUUUUACUAAAACACCAUUUAUCAGCCUUCCACUUAUAAAUAGAAAUAUUUUAAAAACAGAUGAGCAAACAUGACUCUUAGUAUUAUGGGAAUUUAGUGUUGGAGAUCAUAAACCACUUUCUGUCUUGCUUCAAUUCUAGUUUAACAUCAGCAAAGUAACUAUUUUUAAAAAAAGGAAAUUGUUAGAAAGUAACCAGAAUCAAAAAAGUACAGUGUCACAGCUUGUGACUAAUAAAAUGUUAAGCUUGGGAGGGAAAGUAUAGUAAUACUUUUUUUAUGUCUAUGGCACCCCACAAUGAAGGCUUCUGGCAUCUAACAAAAAUUAUUUGAAACCAAAAAUAGCUACUAAAUAGAAAAGCUAACACAUUCAAAAUCCAAAUAACUGAACCCAGCCCAACCCUGAAUACAAAGUUAAUACUACACCUUGCUCUUCCAACACUGCACAACUCAGACCAAAAUAUGGAGAACAAAACUGUCUGCUCUAAAACCUAUGCAAUGAAAAAGGAAGUAAAUAUCCCUUGUCUUGCCACCUAUAUAGUCUGCUGUAUAUUGUUGAGGAAGAGGAUUCAAGAAUCUUGGACCUUCUGGAACUAAGGCCCCAUCCUUUCCCUUUUGAUACAAUCCAUGGAUGGUUCAACAUCUCCAUCUUUGCCAUUCCUAUUUGCAAUAAGUCAUGCAGGGUUAAUGUAGUCCCUCAGAUAGAUUAUUCUAUAUUAUUUUGGACUUUCUAUAACAACAGUAAACCAUGAAGCAUGUAACCAAAUAAAAAGUAGCCAGUACCAGGUACAUCUGUGUAAUACUCAGUUUUGUUAUUUUUAUUACUCUCUUUCUGCUACCUGUACCAACACAGUAUAGGAAUAAAAAUGUCAAAACAUUAAAAUGUAUUUAUACUUCAAAUAGAAGUUAAGAAGUUGAUGUUUUUGGAUGCUUCAAUAUUUAGGCAGGACAUACAUGGCUUUAAUCUCUAAUAUUGGGUCCUUGCCUAUCCUGGCCUCUACUUUUUGGUAAGAACUCAGUGUCAAAAGACAGUUCAAAUCAGAAUAUUAAUUAAACUUUUCAAAUAUCAUUUGCUUCUGUGAAUGAUAUUGUAAUUCUGUUGCCCAAAAAAGGAGGGGGAAAAAAUCAGUCUAUUUUUUCUGGGUUAGCCAUGUAAUUUAAAAGUGUUUACUUUGAAGUGUUUAAAUUAUGGGCGUAUUUUAGAGCCUGGUUGUACAAGCACACACAUGAAUGACGACUCCAUGUCAGUAAUCCUGCAGAAUGUCACUAAAUUUUAUGUGGAUAGACAGUUGAAGGAUCAGGUCCAUAAAUUGUACAUAAAUGUAUAUUAGAUUCACUGAGAUUAUUUCUAUACCAAUGUUAUUUUGUUGGUUAUUUUAAGGAAUUUUAACUUUGCAAUGGGAAGUUAGUUGUAAACACAGAAUUUGCAUACCAUAACAUACAGUUGUUUACUACUUUCACAAGGAUGAAAAUGUUUGUUUUUUUUCUAUCGUGUUGCUUCGUAACACAUUACGUAACACUGCUGGUUUUAGUCUGUAAGUCCACCACUAUAAAGUGUAUAGGUUUGUAAAAAUUGCUUUGAAAAAGUAAUUUGUUACAAACUGUGUAAUGACUUGAAGUAAUCAAUUAAACAUAUUACUGAUUACUUUCUUAUGAAACAUCUAUUAUUGACUUUAGUCCUUGGUAUGUGGUGUGUAGUGUAGUCCUUGAUAUGGAAAGUAAUAGGUUUGCCAAGAAAGACAAUUAAUGGUGUUUUUGAGGGAGAGGGUUCCCCUCCGAAACUGGAUUACUACUUUUGGGUAAUAGUGUUAUGUAUUACUUUGAUCAGUUACUUUAGCAAGCCUGUCUACAUCUUAACUGUGAAAUUGCAUGAGUGAAUGACUUAUUUACAUAAAUACAAACUCAAUUACUUAUUCUAAGAUGUGUUUUUA